AUGGCAGUUUCAUCAUCUUCUCAUCAUGUGGUUCUCUUCCCUUACAUGGCAAAAGGCCACACCAUCCCUCUCCUCCAGUUCGCCCGUCUCCUACUCCACCACCGCCGUCUCAUCCCCGGCGACGUUGAAGAACCGACCAUUUCCGUCACCGUCUUCACCACCCCAAAAAACCAAUCCUUCGUCUCAGAUUUCCUCUCCAACGACACGACGUCAUCAUCAAUCAAAGUAAUCUCUCUCCCUUUCCCUGAAAACAUCGCCGGAGUCCCUCCCGGCGUCGAGAGCACCGACAAGCUCCCUUCCAUGUCACUCUUCGUGCCCUUCACGCGCGCAACCAAAUCUCUCCAGCCUUUCUUCGAAGAAACGCUGAAGAACCUUCCACAUGUUUCUUUCAUGGUCUCCGAUGGAUUCCUCUGGUGGACAUCGGAAUCCGCCGCUAAAUUCGAGAUCCCGAGACUCAGUUUCUACGGCAUGAACGCCUACGCAGCGGCUAUCUCCUCCUCCGUUUUGGUACACAAACUCUUUACAUCCAAACCGGAAAUUGUUAAAUCCGAUACCGAACCGGUUAGUUUACCGGAUUUGCCAUGGAUACGGGUUAAGAAGUGCGAGUUUGGUCCGAGUUUCACUGACCUUCAAUGGACUCCAGACUUGGAGCUUAUGAUGGACCACUUAGCGUCCUCGAAGAAAAGCCGUGGAACGAUAGUGAACAGCUUUUACGAGCUCGAGUCAACGUAUGUUGACUAUAUCAGUAACGAUGACGAUGAGCCUAAGCCGUGGUGUGUUGGGCCUUUGUGCUUAGUAGAUCACCCAAAACCGGAGAGUGAUAAACCGGAAUGGAUUCAAUGGUUGGACCGGAAGAGUGUGGAAGGAUGUUCGGUUUUGUAUGUGGCGUUUGGAACGCAGACCGAAAUAUCGAACGAGCAGCUCAAGGAAAUAGCAUUAGGGUUGGAAAACUCCAAGGUAAGUUUCUUGUGGGUCACGAGAAACGACUUGGAAGAAGUAACUGGAGAAUUAGGGUACGAGAAGAGAGUGAGCGAGAAUGGGAUGGUUGUGAGAGAUUGGGUGGACCAAUGGGAGAUUUUGUCACAUGAGAGUGUCAAAGGGUUUUUGAGUCAUUGUGGAUGGAACUCGGCGCAAGAGAGUAUCUGUGCCGGAGUUCCGCUGCUCGCUUGGCCGAUGAUGGCUGAGCAGCCGCUCAAUGCGAAGCUGGUAACGGAGGAGCUUAAGAUCGGAGUCAGAAUUGAAACAGAAGAUGGAAGUGUACAAGGGUUUGUGACAAGAGAAGAACUUACUCAAAAGGUCAAAGAAUUGAUGGAAGGAGAGAUGGGAAAGACUGCAAGGAAGAAUGUGGAAGAGUAUGCCUCAAUGGCGAAAAAAGCUUUAGCUCAAGGGACUGGUUCGUCUUGGAAGAAUUUGAAUUCGCUUCUUGCAGAGCUAUGUAAGCCUAGAGAGCCAAAUGGUGUUAAUAAGUUGUCAAGCGAUGAGAAGAGAGACUGA